AUGUGGAUGAAGCUGGAGGACGUGCGAAAGCAGUUCACGGUGAGCAGCUCUACGAGCCACCAGGUGAUUAUGGUAGGCAGACAGGCUGAAUUCAGCUGCCAACUGUCCCCACCACAGAGUGCACAGCACAUGGAGAUGGGCUGGUUUCGGGAUCACUUCUCCCAACAGGUUUACCUGUAUAAGGACGGGGAAGAACACUGGGGAGAAAGCAGGCAGAACUAUAUGAAUCGCACAGUGUUCCUGAAGGAUGCCUUGGGAGAGGGCAAAAUGACCCUCGAAAUCUACAAUAUCAGUGUUUUUGAUGAUGGGAAGUACCACUGUUUCUUUAAAGAUGGUGACACCUACGAAGAGGCCAUUGUGAAUCUGAAGGUGGCAGCUCUAGGCAUGGAUAUACAGAUUAAUGUUCAAGUUCCUGACACAGAAGGGGUCAUGGUGGAGUGUAACUCAGGAGGGUGGUUCCCACAAGCCCAGAUGGAGUGGAGAGACAGCAGUGGGAAUGUAAUUCCACACUCAUUAAAAUCUUACUCUCAGGAUGGAGCUGGAUUAAUGGUGGAGUGUAACUCAGGAGGGUGGUUCCCACAAGCCCAGAUGGAGUGGAGAAACAGCAGUGGGAAUGUAAUUCCACACUCAUUAAAAUCUUACUCUCAGGAUGGAGCUGGAUUAUUACACCUGAAGAUGAGUGUCCUUCUUACAAAUAGUACUGAUGGUCCUGUCACUUGCUGCUUUUACAACCCAGCCAUUGGCCAAGAGAAAAGGGCAAGUAUUGUCCUAUCAGAUGUCCUGUUCAAAUCAGAAUAUAUGUCAUUGAUGUGGUAUAAAAUUUCUUAUCCCCUGAUAUAUUUGAUCAUUUUGAUUGCUCUUCUGUGUCUCAGAACAAAAGUUACAAAGAGUAAAGGGAGUGUUUGCUUUGAAAUUGUGUUGGUGGGUCUACGUUUCCUGAUGUUUACUGGUAUCUUUCUUAUCUACCCAAAAUUCAGAAAUGAAGUCUCUAUUUCAGAUGACCUGUUCCAAUUGUAUAGUACUUGGAUGAGUGAUGUAUACGUGAUCGUAUGUGUACUAAUGUUAUUUUUCACCAUACUGAUUCUUUUUCUAUUUUAUACCUUGAAAGAACUUCAGUGGCUUUCUGUUCCUUUAGUAUCCUCAGAAAUUCUUAAAGCCACAGCUGGGAUUAUCUGCACAACUUUCAGUAUGUUGGCAGGGAGUGAUUCCUAA